UUUAAGACGAUAUUCAUAAUUCUCAAAAUUAUUAAAUUUUAAAAUAAUGAUUAAAAAUUUACUAUUUUUUACAUUCUUAUUAAGUUUUAAUGUAAUUGAAUCAGCUAAUCAAUUUCAUGGAUAUGCAAAACGUUGUAAGAAAUCUCCUACUACAGCAUUCGGAACUAAAAGUAAAGGAGAUGCAUUUUGUUCCAAUCAAUUAAUUUUUGAAGAUAACUUUGACAAUCUUGAUUUAGGAAAAUGGAAGCAAGAAAUUACAUUAGGCGGUGGUGGGAAUUGGGAAUUUCAGUGGUACGUCAAUAACAAAACAAAUGCUUUUGCCAAAAAUGGAUUAUUACAUAUCCAUCCAACUUUUACUUCUGAUGUCUUUGGAGAAGACUUUUUGAGUUCGGGUGUAGCUGAAAUCCCUCCAGAUCAAUGUACAAAUCCAGCAUUCAAUGGCUGUAAACGUGAAGGUACACCUGCAAAUAUAAUCAAUCCUAUACGAAGUGCUAGACUUGAAACAAGUGAAUCAUUUAAUUUUAAAUAUGGUAAGCUUGAAGUAAGAGCUAAAAUACCAACCGGUGAUUGGUUGUGGCCAGCUAUUUGGCUCUUACCAAAACGAAAUUUCUAUGGUACAUGGCCAACUUCAGGUGAAAUCGAUUUAUUAGAAUCGAGAGGUAAUCGUAACUUAAUAUUGAAUGGUGUUAAUAUAGGUGUAGAACAAUUUGGCAGUACAUUACAUUAUGGACCAGAUCCAGCUCAUAAUGGUUGGGAAAAUGCUCAUUUUGUAAGGCAAUCUCAAAAAGGACGUGGUUUUAAUGAGGAUUUCCAUAAGUAUACUUUGUUGUGGUCACCUGAAUAUUUCAUAUUUUCUAUAGACGAUCAAGAAAUUGGAAGAAUUGAUGCUGGUAAAGGAUUCUUUCAACGAGGAGGAUUUCCUAAUAAUAUUGAUAACCCUUGGAUUGGAGGAUCUAAAAUGGCCCCAUUUGAUCAAGAGUUUUACAUCAUUUUGAAUUUGGCAGUUGGUGGUACGAAUGGUUUCUUUCCUGAUUCUGCACAAAAUCCUAGUCCCAAGCCAUGGUCAAAUACAUCACCGCAAGCACAGACUGAUUUCUGGCAUGAUCGCUCAAAUUGGUACAAAACUUGGGAUGAGAAAGAAAGUGACUUCCAAAUUGAUUACGUUCGCGUCUAUGCGUUGUAAAAAUAUAAAAAUAAUUUAAAAAAUAAAACCUUUUUUACUAGCGAAUUUCGCUGUUUCUUUUUUUAAGGCCAAAAGCAAAAGAAUAC